AUGACCGGUAUUCGGCUGUCGAUCUCAGGCCUGACGGGCCAGUCUUCCUUGUCACCUUUGGCGACUUUGCUCACCGGUUUUCGCACAGAUAAAUAUCGUCGCGAAGCUCGGCAACUCGCUUGGUAUGAUCAAGAUGGCGAGCCGUCUUCUCACAACCCCUUCAAGAAGUUUCGUCGACGCCCUCAGCGAAGCAACUCCAUGGAACUAGAAAACCAACUCGUCCACUCUCGAAGUAUGGGAGAUGUCAACCUUUCCCAGGACAGGCGUCGCCGUGCCGAGUUCAACGGUGAUAUCGAAGGCCCAGCCUAUGCCGGCACCUUCCCACCCGUACCAACAGAGAGCUAUGAGCCAGCGCCAUCGAAUCGGAGUGAUGAACCGAUCAAUGACCUCGCAACGCUUUCAGCCACACGUGCUUUAGAUCAGGAAUCCAUUGCUGAGAAGGACCAGAACGGAAACGAGGCCAUCGAGUCCACGGCAGGUCAAACACGCCAGCGAAAGGGAUUAUUUGGAAAGUUCGGUCGCCACAAGCACGAUGAAGAAACGCCCGCUAGCGAACCUGACGACGAAAAACCUGUUGAUGGCCCCAAAUUUACAUUUGCAAGCCAGAUCCGUGCAACCAUCCUGAAUUCAUGGAUCAAUGUUCUGAUCAUCGCAGCUCCAGUUGGUAUUGCCUUGUUUGCCGUGGGUGUGAAUCCCAUUGCUGUCUUUGUGGUGAACUUCAUUGCUAUCAUUCCGCUGGCCGCAAUGCUGAGCUAUGCCACCGAGGAAAUUGCCAUGCGUACCGGCGAGACGAUUGGAGGACUUUUGAACGCCUCGUUUGGUAAUGCAGUCGAGUUGAUUGUGGCCAUCAUUGCCUUGCAGAAGCGUAACGUGCUCAUUGUGCAGACAUCCUUGAUUGGAAGUAUGCUUUCGAACUUGUUGUUGGUCAUGGGCAUGUGCUUCUUCUUUGGCGGUGUCAACCGUGUUGAGCAGCAUUUCAAUGUUGUUGUUGCACAGACGGCGGCUAGUCUGUUGUCGCUGGCUGUGGCCAGUCUGAUCAUUCCUACCGCGUUCCAUCAGUGGUCUGACAGCAAAACAGACAACACUGCUGCUGUGUCACGCGGUACUGCUGUCCUUCUCCUCGUCACAUACGGCUGCUAUCUCUUCUUCCAGCUCAAAUCACACAUUGAUAUGUACAAUGCGCCUUCCAAGAAGGUGGAGAAGCGCAAUAAGAAGAGCGGUGAUGCCAGUCGUGGCAUUGCGCAGAUCGGCAAAAUGACUGCACGCCUGGGUGCCGGAUCCGCCCAAGAGGUUAAAAUGACCGAUGGCGAUGAUGAGCCCGAAGAGCCGCAGCUGGCGCUCUGGGUCGCUAUCUUGACGCUUGGCCUCUCCACCGCACUGGUUGCAGUAUGCGCCGAGUUUAUGGUUGAUUCGAUCGAGCCACUUACCGCGACUGGUGGCAUUAGCGAGACCUUUGUCGGUUUGAUUCUCCUCCCAAUUGUUGGUAAUGCUGCCGAGCACGCGACUGCCGUGACUGUGGCUUGCAAGGAUAAGAUGGACCUGGCUAUCGGUGUCGCUGUUGGCUCAAGCAUGCAGAUUGCUUUGUUGGUUCUGCCAUUCAUUGUGGUCUUGGGUUGGUGUGAGGGUAUCAAUGAUAUGACCCUCAAUUUUGACUCUUUCGAAAUUAUCCUGCUAUUCGUUUCGGUUCUUCUGGUCAACUAUUUGAUUGGAGAUGGCAAGUCUCACUGGCUUGAAGGUAUCCUCCUAAUGAUGAUGUAUCUGAUCAUUGCUCUCGCUGCUUGGUUCUUCUAA